GAAGUAGUACACACCCUGUCUGCCAAGGACCGUCAAAGGUAGCAAGGCAGUCAGGUAGCUGUGUGCCACCAGCUGGAGUCCGAGGAGUUUUACCCUUUUUGAAUGUCACAAGCUCAUGGAGACCUGCUGUUCAUCUGGCUGCUAACAGAGGCUUUACCAGACAACAGGUGGAUUUCUGUCCGACAACAAUACACUGCAGCUUCGUAAACCCAGUUCCAUGACGAUGUUUCCUUGGUCAGCUGUUUUCUCCCUUGAGCCCAAAGUGCCCGGCCAGCGCAGCUCUGAGGAGUUGGUAACCAAUACUCUGAUGUUAGAGCUGGGGGCCAUGGUGAAGCGCACUGAACGCAUCCAUUUGGAGCGGGCGACGGAGGGUCGACGCCGCCGGCGCAGCUCCUCCUCCACAGCUGACUACAGCUGGCUGGCCACAGCCCCGACCCCACAGCCCUACGAGCUGACACCCAACGACCUGCUGGAGCUGCAGGACCUCUGUGUCAAGGUCCCUCCUGCACAGUGUGGCCCUCUGAUCGUCAGGUUCAGGAGGCUGGUGUCGCAGAUGGAGCCUGAGGUUCACGAGGUCCCCCGGCUGUUUCGCUCAGUGCUCCGCGACUGCAUGGACGAGGUGAACGGAAAUGAAGACAUGCAGACGCAAGACGGCGGCGUCUUUGAGAAGCAGCAGCGCAGCAAGAGCCUGUCUUUUGUUUCCUUCCGCAGCAAGUUCCGCUCGGGUCAGCUCUUCAGGGGCAGCAACACGAGAGGCUCCAGGGGGAAUCUGGAGCAGCAGGUGGAUUGGUCCGACGAGGAAGAGGAUGAAGAAGGGGAGGAGGAGGCCAUCAAGGCCAGGGCGAGGAAGGGAAGGAGCAUGAGCAUGCCGGAGAUCAGCCCGAUGGAGCAGAGUGCCCAGGGGUGAGAGAGUCAGUGGAGAGACGAUGCAGAGAGGGACGGGACCUAUGGAGAAGUUCUGAUAGGGGGAGAAAAUGAGGAGUAAGAGAAGGAGGGAAAGUAGAGAGAUGGGUCAGCUGAAUGUAAAUAUGGGGAGGAGAGUCUUUUUCUCGUUCCAAAUAAUUUCUAAAGGAGAAGAUAAGUUUACAGAGUAAAGUUAGAAUGAUUUCUUCACUUUCAGGAAACCCGUCUAAUUACUAAUGAACUUGAAGUCUCUAAUUCAUCCCAAAAGCAUUGCCGUUUUGGUUGUAAGAUUCUGAAACACUUGAUGAGGAUUUAUAUGUGCUGACAGCAACAAGACAGAGAGUCUAAAGUCGUGCUAGCAUAGAUGGAAGUGAAAAAUGUUCGAGGAAAUGAAGAUCAUCAAAGUCAUGAGGAUACACGGUUUGGGGACCAUGAAUGUCUGCAAUCCAUCCUUCAGUUGUUGUGAUGUAGAUAUAGUCACACCACUAGCAUGGUAAAUGACUAAAAUGUGCUGCAUGGGGUUUAGUUGGGUAGAAUCUCUUACGUGGCUGACCUUCACAUGCUUUAAGUAUCCUUAAGAACAAAAAGCUGCUGAUGAAUAAUAUGUUUUAUGAAUCGACAUUUUUUAAGUCUAGAAGCCUUUCUACAAAAGGAGUGAAAGAUACAAGGACCUUUUUCACUUUAUUGUGGUUGAGAAGGUUAAAUAUUUAUAUGUAAAUAUGUC